AUGGCGGGGUCGCCGACGCCAGACGACGCCGACAACAGCUGGGCCAAUGCAGCCUCGAAGCGGGAAAACGUUGGCGUCUACACCAAUACCUUAGCUCAGCUGCAACAACCGUCAUCAUUGCCCACCAACCAGGGUCAGCAGCAGCAGCAGCAGCAGCAACAACAACAACAACAAGAACAACAUUACCAAAAUCAGCAGUCACCUUACUUUCACAUCCAGCAACAAGAGCAACAGCUCAAUAUAAUAUCUCCCUAUGUCUCUAGGAGCAACACCGUUACCUCCAAUGUCUCGUCAAUCACAACCCAAGACAAGCCGCUAGACGCUGCUGGCGCGAACAGCACCCGCGCGAACCGCCAUCUGCCUGCAUGGAAGGAAGAGGAGGCCGGCGCGGCAGUAAAAUCGACAGCUAAUGCUAAUGACAACAGUAACAGCAACAGCAACGCUACCCCAUCAUCAACUUCGACUGGGUUUCCUCGAUCCUCCAGUCCACCCGCUAUGGAGCAACCACAGAGCAGCUUCUUUUACGGCCAGCCAGCCAGCCAACCUCAGUACCAGGUUGUGCAGGAUGUCAAUGGGCGAUUCUACUACUCCCAGGGUUCAGAGUAUCAACAGCCCGGAAGUGGUCAGUUGUAUCAGAGCCCUGCAUUCACGGCUCCCGGCCCAUAUGCCCAGACCUCGACGGCGUAUAGAGGUGCCGGUGAAAUGCAUGAUCCGCCACAGUCAGCGUUCCUCAUCGAAAAUAGUGAACCUGACAAACCUGGCGAUUACCACAACGGGCAUAGCAAACAGGGAAUCUACCGCCAUACGAUACAUGCCGAAUCUCCACCCCUGCUGACGCCGGGGCUGCCCCCGCGCCCCAGUCGCAGCGAGUUCAAGCCUAAGAUCUUCGGCCGCUGGCGCUGGCACUCGUGGUGGGGCAUGUUUCUCUUCGGCAUCUUUGGCAUCGCGUGUGCCAUCGGUCACCAUGCCUGGUACAGCUCUUUGCACGGCAAGAAGGCCGAGCGCCAGCUGGAGUAUGUUCGUUACGGGACCAUGCUCGCCUUUGCGGCCAAGGCUGGCCUGAGCGCCUCCAUCGUGACGGCCUAUCGCUUGCGGGUGUGGACGACGGUGCGCACGCGGUUGAUGAGCGUCAGGGCACUUGAUUCCAUGUUUGCAGCCACCGAGGAUGUCACGGCCUUCUUCAACUGGGAGUUCAUCAGCCGGGCCAAGACGGUGGCCGCUCUGGUUGCCUUUGUCUGGCUUUCUCCCUUGAUUGUUAUCCUAACCGCAAACACACUGAUUGUGGAGAUGCAGCCGACGGAACACAAGACAUCCUGCCCCAGCGUACGGACUCUCAACUUUGCUGUCGAGGAGACCAACGACUGGCGCAAACCAACCCUGGUCGACGACUUCCGAUCCAUGUCACUGUCUUUUUACAACUCAACCAUCACUGCAGCCGAUGAUCCUCCUCCUGAAGGCUGGUUCGAUUACUGGACCGGCCCGUCACCAAAGCUCGAGCAGGCCGCCACAAUCCCAGCCUUCAUGGAGACGGUCAGUGCCCGCCAGAACGUGUCGUCCGACGUUUGCUCUCCGGGCUGGGACUGCUUGUACAACGUGUCCUUUACCGGCCCUGGCUACAAGUGCACCGAGCUUGCAAGCGGCGUUGGGUCAGUACCUAAAACCUUGACGAUGCAGUCAGGUUUCCAGGCCAAGUCUCCGAUCAGUACAAGCUGGCUUCUUCCCAAGGGAAGCCAUGCCUAUUAUGCUUUCAACACGGGUGGAGAAUACUCAAAGACGCAGAUGAAAGAAGUCUCACCUGGCGGCAAGCCCAUCGGUGACUUUAGCCGGGGAGGGACCUCGCCGAGAUAUCCCCAAAACAUGGGUGCUUUCCGCACAGAUCCCUUGAUUUGGAUAGGAUAUUCUGAGACGACGAAGCCCUACGACCAACUGCCCGUUAAUCGCAGUGAUCCUGAGUGGGACAACGCGUUCGUCCCCAAGAUUUUUGCUUGCGAGCAUUACGAGACCAAGUACACCGUUCAGUUUAACCACACCGGUGGUGUGCAAAACACGACCGUUUUGUCCAGAGAGUUCAUAAGACCCAUCAUAAAUACUACAUUCAUCCCCGGAGUCGAUGCAAGGGACGGUACCAACGACAACACGACAGCUAGACCCGGGUCGAACUACGUCAGACCGCAAGACAUCGCCAAGUACCGCCUCACGGCCGGGUACUACGGCAUGGGGCAACAGCUACGGCUUUUCCUCAAUGGGACAGUGUCCAUGGAUGGACCCGAAAGUACGCCAUUGUCGAACCCGAACGCUAACACCAAGGCCAUGCAAACAAAACUACUCGAGAAGCGGCUUUACACACCGUACAACAACUUGAUGAGCCGGGUGCAGGGUCUCUAUGAAGACAUGCUCCUAUCUAUAUUUGCGGAUCCUCUUCUCAACAUUGUCGUCUGGGCUGCGAAGCCAGAUGAGCCCAGCGGCCUGCGCACUUCCCGGGCAGCUGCACUCGAACAGAAGCGGGAUCCCAACGACUACGAGCACCCUUGUACUAAAUCGACGACAGACAACGUCUUUGUCUACAAAAAGGCGGACCUCUGGGCAGUUUACACAAUCGGCAUCGGACUCACCAUGCUCGGCAUCGCCGCAGGCCUCUGGGCCGUCAUCUGGGAGGAGCGGCAGGGCGGCCGCAUCGCGCGCAACACGCGCUUUAGCAGCAUCGUGGCGGCGACGCGCGGUCCGGCCCUCGACGGCGUGGCGUGGUGGGCAGUGGACCGAGGCCGCGUUCCCAAGGACGUCAUGGCGGCGCGCAUGGGCUUCGGUCUGCUGCCGAGCGAGUACAGGAAGAGGCAGAGCGGCGUGCCCAUCAUGGGCACGCCCGGCAGCAUGACCUCGCGGCAGUUCAGCUCCGAUGCGUUCAGCUUGGCCGAAAGGAGGACCGUCAGCGGAUACAGCUCGGCGAGGGCGGCGUCGCCAACUGCGAGCCUGCGGAGGAGGGGGAGGGAUCCGCUCAUGUACGGGUUUGGAUUGGAGGGUGAGGUUGAACAGCCUACCACCAAGCUGCCCAAGUUUGGGUAA